AUGGGCACUGUGGAGAAGAAGAAGAUAGAAGGUCGAGGAUUGAUAGAUGUGGUGUUUUCUUGGUCUAUAGAAGAAGUGAUGAACAAGGAUCUUUACAAGAAUAAGGUCGAGCCAAUUCCGGAGACAUUCUAUACAGCAGAACACUAUCUCCAGUCAUUCAACUACCCUCUUCUAGAAGAAACACAUGCUAGUCUGCGGUCAAGUUUUACUCCUAAGAGUCGUCCACCUGCACGUGAAAUAUUUGAUGUCAACCCUGACAAAGAUUUCAGACUUCCCAAAGAUUUGUUCUAUACCAUGACAUUGAAAAGAUUGAGGAGUGGAAGUGAGGAAGACAAAAGAGUAUAUGAACCAGAGGUUGGAGAUUUAAUUGCCUUGACAAACGACAUGGACAAACGUUUUGCUGUUUAUCUUACAAACUUGACGACAAAUAUCCGAAUAUGGCAAGCAUUGCAUCCAAACCUGAUAGGAGAAAACAUGAAGAUCAUUAAUUCAGUGCUGAGAGUCAAUCCAUCAGUAGAAGAAAAUUGUACUAUUUGUUCUGUUGAGGAAUCGAGGAGUACUCAUGAAUCUAUGUUAAGGGAAUCGAUUGGCACUUUUGGCAUGAAUGAUUCACAAGAAGCUGCUAUCUUAAAUUGUAUUGUUACGAGAGAUUGUCAUCAUCAAAAUGAUGUGAAGCUGAUAUGGGGUCCACCAGGAAGCGGAAAAACAGAAACGAUUUCAUUGUUAUUGUUUGCCUUGUUGAGGAUGAAAUGCAGGACAUUAACUUGUGCACCAACCAAUGUAGCUGUCAUAGGAGUUGCAACAAAGUUACGGAGUUUGCUAAGUGAUACAUUAUUAAAUAUUACCUAUGGACUGGGAGACGUAGUUUUAUUUGGUAAUGGAGAACGAUUGAAGAUUGACGACAAUGAACAUCUUUAUGAUGUAUUUCUCAACCAUCGUAUUUCUAUUCUGCAUAGGUGUUCUAAUCCACACUUUGGGUGGAGAGCAAGUCUAGUAUCAAUUAUAGGCUUGCUUGAAGAUCUUGAAGAGCAAUAUCAACAAUAUUUGAUACAAGAAAAAAGAAAAAGACACAACGACGUUGACGACGGUGAAGAUAAUGACAAUGAGGAGAAGACGUUUAAGAAAGGAAAGGAACGGUUUAGAAAAGAGAAACGGAGAGGUAGUGAAAUCGAAGCGACAGAGAUGAGCUUUGAAAACAAGAAAGGCACAAUAGAGAAGAAACCUAUGGAGAAAACCAUCCAUACCUUGAGGGAAAACAAAAGGGAAAGAUCAAAUAAAGGAGAGAAUAUGAAGCACGACAAAAGAAAGGGUAAGAAUGAAAAAAACAAAGAAAAAACAAGCAACGAAGGUGAUACUUAUUGGACACUUGAGGAGUUUAUUGGAAAGAAAUUUGAUUCAUUAGUAACGCAGAUAAAGCUUUGUGUUGAAGGCUUGUGCACCCAUUUGCCUACUUCCUAUCUUAAGAUGGAAGUAGUAGAGAACAUGGUUAGAGUUCUUGAAAUGCUCCAAACUUUAAGAAAUUCAACCCUAAAUGAAGAUUUCAGACGAGUCCUAAAUGGACCAGGAAAAAUUAGAUCAGAGUGCCUUCAAGUAAUGAAAUUCCUUCUAGGAACAUUCUCUCUACCAAAUUUCACUGAAUAUUUUGAAGUUCGGGAUUUUUGUCUAGCAGGCGCAUGCUUAAUUUUCUGUACUGUUUCAAGUUCAGCGAAACUGAUAAGUCAAGAAAUGGCGCCAUUUGAAUUGUUGAUAAUUGACGAAGCUGCACAACUAAAGGAAUGUGAAUCUGCUAUUCCUCUACAGCUCCCUGGUCUUCGCCACGCAGUACUCGUUGGAGAUGAGAAACAACUUCCAGCAAUGGUUCAAAGCGAGAUAUGCAAGAAGGCUGAUUUUGGGAGGAGUUUAUUUGAGAGGCUUGUGAUAUUAGGACGCAGCAAGCACCUUCUUGAUGUUCAGUAUAGAAUGCAUCCCUCAAUAAGCUUAUACCCGAAUACCAAGUUCUAUGGCAAACAGAUUAGGGACGGUCCAAAUGUCAAGGAACGAGCCUAUGUAAGGAGCUUCCUCGAAGGAAACAUCUUUGGCUCCUACUCGUUCAUUGACGUGACCAGUGGGAGAGAGGAAUCUGAUGAUAGGCAUAGUAAGAAAAAUAUGGUUGAGGUCUCUGUCAUUGCUGAGAUUGUUAAUUUGUUGUUUGACAUUAACUCCUCUCUGUUCCAAAAGGCAAAGUGGAAGGUUUGCUUUAGUGAUGAAUUCUUGAAAUCCAUGUCUAAGAUUCAAGACAUUGACAUUUGUAAAGAGGUCCUUUCUCUUUUGGAGAAGCUUUCAGAUGGAUGGCGUCAGCUGCACAAACCUGAAAUUCUCAGUAACAUGGAUAGUGCUGCUUCACAACUGUUGGAACUAUAUGAUGUCAAAGGGCCAUUGAAAUUGAUUUGGACCAUUGACAUUCACCGGGAAAAUUCAAGCGACGUUCAAGUUAUCAAAGUUUUGGACAUUUUGCCAAGUUUUGAGAUAUCAAAAUUGGCCAAGAAACUUGAUUCAGUAUUAGGGAAGUAUACAGUUGAUCAUAUAAGCCAAUGCUUGUGCAAGCGUGUUGAACGGGACUUGGUACUCCCAAUGACUUGGCCAGUGAAUACAGAUUCUGGAAAUGUUCCAUCUGGUAGUGAUCCUAUACAAGAGCUAGCAAGCCAAGUGGGGGUGAUGCGAUCUUUAUAUAACAAGUGUACAAUAUCGUAA